AUGGCGUUCCAAGGGCCAAUUCGCCGUGUCGCAGCUCGAGCUACGUCAGCUCACAAAGCCCACCUCCGCUCCUUCGCAUCAGCCGCCCGCCGCGCCCAGGAUCUGCAGAGGCGCGCCGUCGUGGGCAGCUUCCUCCUCAGACGAGAUCCAGAUGGCGUCCCAGAGAUAGCCCUCUUCCGCCGCACCAACAAAGUCAACACCUACCAACACAAAUAUGCCACCAUCUCCGGCGGCAUCGAACCAUCCGACCCAUCCCCCCUCGCCGCCGCCAAGCGCGAGCUCAGAGAGGAGACGACCCUCGACGCCGACUCGGACCUGCGCUUCCUCUGCCGCGGGGUACCCUACUCCUUCGUCGACCGCAGAGCAAACUACGAGUGGUCCGUCCACCCGUUCGCGUUCAGCCUAACCCCGGGUGCGGAGUCGUCCAUCCGCCUCGGGUUCGAGCACGAGAGCUACAAGUGGUUUCCGGCGGACAGGGUCCCCGUCCCUGAGCUCGCGGCGGGGCUUGUCGAGAGUCUGCGGCGCGUCUGGCCUGAGGGGCCGCUGGGCCGGGUCGGGGCGCUGUCGCAGUUCGUUCUCCGGGAGGAUGACGAUACUAACGGCAGCGUCGAUGCGGCGUGGGGUGCGUUUGCGCAGGCGGCGGGGGAGAGGCUGGCGGAGGGGAGGGAGGAGUGGUGGCGGCUGGUGAGGCUGGCUGGGUGGCACGUGUGGAAUAACAGCGAUGCGGCGGUCAAGGGGGAGGUGCUUGGGAGGGUGGUGCCUGCGCUUGAGGUUGUUCGGACGCUGGUGGAGGGGCAGGGUAAGGUUCUGGAGGAGGGGUUCGAGAAGCUGGUGGCGAGAGAGCUGGAGAGUGUCAGAUUGGGGAGGGAGGAGGAUGGGAAGGUUGCUGAGCUGGCGGAUCGGCUGUUUGGUGAUCUGUGGGAGGUGCCUAGGGAGGUGAGGUAG